AUGACAGAAAGGCUCAGAGGCUCUAUUUGCUGUGAUGGCUAUUGGUUGAAUAAAAUAACAGAUACGUGUGAAGUGUGUCCUGUGGGUUUGUUUGGGAGAAAUUGCUCUAGACAAUGCCCGUAUCCAACCUAUGGAAAAGACUGCCAGUCACACUGCUAUUGUGAACACCAUCUUUGUCACUAUUACAGAGGAUGUACAGAAGUCGAGGCAAAUUCCGAUAUUUUUCGGAGUCUUUAUAAUUCUGACCAAAGUUCAGAUGAAGUAGAGACCGACAGUGACGAAAGUCCGUUUGAUUAUGACUCAGGGUCUAACUGCAUUAGUGAUGUUGAAGAAAGCGAGGGCAUCGCACCAAAUUGGACUUCAAAAAUGCGUAACGAAGAUGUUACAAAUAUAGUUGGACCAAACGUAACCGAAUUUGAAGAUACUUAUGGGUCUACACCCAAGGUUAAAGAAAAUGAAUAUGUUGUAAAACUUGCCUUGGCCCUGAUUGGAAUUUUCGUACUGUUUUUUGGAAUGUUUGCUACCACCUAUAUUUAUCAAAAGUGCAUCCACAAGAGAGCAAACACUAUGAAUACGCAAGAAAAUAAACUUGAUCGGAUUGUCCAUUAUACGACGCUUAACUCUGAAAUCAGAGAGCAAGUACUUGAAUUGAAUCAAGAACAAAGAGAAAGAUUAAUAUUUGUCCGAACAAAUGCAAUGGUUUUUGAUGGUGAUACUUUUAAUGAGGAAGCUGAAACAGGAAAUAUUUCUGCAAAACGGAACUUGGAUACAAAUAACGAAAACUUUGAGCAGGCCAUAGAGGUAAUACAGGAAACAAUUGAAAAAAUAAAUAAAGGGGAGGAAAAGCAAGACCUGACAUCACGAGCUUCUCCAAAACACAUUUACAUGGAAAUUAUAGAUGACAACAUGACGUCAUAUAUAAACGAAAAUGCUUUAGAAGAUUUCAGAGAAGAAAAACAUUGUACUCAUAAGGAAGAAACUAGAUAUAUGAACUAA